GAAUCGACUCUAAAAAAAUAUUGUUCAUAUUACUUUUUUCAAUCGUUCAUUUUCCGAGUGAAAAAAAAAAUUUUUGCGCUUUAUAGUUUCGUGUGCACGCUACAGUUUUUCAAGUUUAUAGUAUAAGUGCCAAUAAUUUAUAUGGAUUCGAGACGCGGUGGUCCUGGAAACACAGGAGGGGCACGCCAAACAGCUAGUGUGCAUGCCUCCAAAAUGAGUGUGGCUUCACGUCAUGGAGCAGCUGCAGCUCCCGCUCCAGCCGGGGGUACCCGCAAGGCUGGCAGUGAGAUCAGCCUGACGCCCAGUCAGGCCAAACGUGAGGCGGAAAAUCCGCGGAAGAGUCCUUUGGAUGCGUUGAGUCGCACCACCUAUCGCAUGGAGCCCAUGCAGAAGCGCUCCGGUCUGCAGGAUGUGGACGAUACUUUCAUGAAUGCGAAUCCGUUUGCGCGUCCACCACGCAUUCGUCACUCUGGUCUUGACACCAGCGUAGGGGGGAAUGUACCAGCCGCAGCUGGCGUCCAAGGACAAGCUUCCCAGCAUUCUGCUGUGGCAUCCAUUCGGAUGGCUGGAGGUGGCGAGCCACCCCAAAUGGUGUACCAGCAACAACAGCCGCAGCAGCAACAACAGCUGCCGGUGCAACAGACAAUGCCACCGGCCCAAAUGAUCGGAAACAUGCAGCAGCAGGUCGCCCCCAUGUCUCCUCAUGGCGUUGUACCCAAGGCAUCGUCGAUACAGGUGCAGCAACAACAGCCGCCGCAGCAACAAACGCCGUCGCAACAGCAACAGCAGGAGACCUACAUGCAACAACCGGCAGCUGGCCAGUAUUCGCGCCAUCAGGAAAAACAACAUCCACAUCAGCACCAACAACAGGCUGCACUUGAGCAACAAAUGAUACAACAGCAACAACAACAGCAGCAGCAACAGGCUCAGGAUACGCAGGCAGCAGCGACCUAUGCUCAACAGCAGGCUCAGGCGCAGUCACAGCCACCACAGCAACCUCUCUCGCCACGCAAGCAACAACAGGGCUAUCAGCAACAGGGCGGACCUUCUGCCCCACCACCGGAAGCUGAAAUGUGCACCACUUGUCCCAAUUGCCAGACCACCAUUUAUCUGGUCCGUACGCCCGAAAUGGGCAAUGGCGAUGUCGGCGCUCCCGUUCAGUAAAGUGCUGAAAGUUUAGAAAGAAAAAUGAAAAAAAAAAUAUUCAAAAAUACGGUCAUCAUGAAAUUCAGCGAACAUUUGAACUGCUAUAACAAAUACACCAAUUCCUCAAUGAUAUACAUAUGUACAUAUAUAUAAGACUAGCUAGGGUUCUCCCGAGUGUGUUGUGCCAGGCGAUAAGUUUUUCUUUUUGGAAACUCACGUGUAAAUUUGAAGUUUCAAUUCAUCAAAUACUCAGAAAAUAUUGCUUUUAAGGUGCAAAUUCGUAGUGAAGGCAAUUUAUCUUCAUACCUGAAAAAUACAUUCUAAAUUUUGUGUUGAACUACUUCGACAACUCUGGAAACUAUAAAAUGUAAAACUCGGUGUCAAUAAAUGCUUAUGUGUA